CGAAGAACUUGGGUUCUCCAUCUCAAUGCUGCCUUGGCCAUUGCCCGAAGCGGUUUAGCCGAAGGCGGUACAAGUAGUGUCCGUAAUGCCAACUUGAAGCAUCUCGAACUCAGCACCUCAAAUCCUAAACGUCCCCUCGAAUUCCCUCUGCAGAUCCAAACUCAACUAUUCUUUGAGCCUCGCAACGAGUUCGGGUCAUACUCCAUCCUCCAUCCAAUGCCGUGACCAGAUAUUCGAGUUCUAGCUUUCUCGCAGCCGUCGCCUUGGCAUCAUGGCUUCCUACAAUCAUCAAAUGCCUGCGACGGCAUCUCGACCUGUCUUCGGGGCUCCUGUCCCCAUGGCUGAUCCCUCCGCUCCGGCUGGUACGUUUGCGCCUGGGACAAAGAUACAAGUCGGAAGCCAGAAGGUGGUCAUACAAAAGUACUUCUCCGAGGGAGGCUUUGCCCAUGUCUACCUGGUCAAGAUGCCGAAACCCAUUGAUGGGACCGACAUCGCUGUGCUGAAGAGAGUAGCAGUACCAGACAAAGAGCAUCUGGCAAAUAUGCGGACUGAAGUAGAAACCAUGAAGAAGCUGAAGGGUCACCGGCCGAUUGUCACAUACUACGAUUCACAUGCCUCACAAUUGAAAGGUGGAGGAUACGAGGUCUUCCUGCUCAUGGAGUUCUGUAAUGGUGGGGGUCUGAUUGAUUUUAUGAAUACUCGAUUACAGAAUCGAUUAACGGAGCCCGAGAUUUUGAAGAUCUUCUCGGACGUGGCAGAAGGCGUGGCUUGCAUGCACUACCUGAAGCCUCCCUUGCUUCACCGAGAUUUAAAGGUCGAAAACGUUUUGAUAACAUCUACGGGACACUCGAAGCGAUUCAAACUCUGUGAUUUUGGGUCCACGGCUCCUCCUCGACCUGCUGCGACCACUGCCGCCGAGUGCAGACUGCUCGAGGAUGACGUUCAGAAACAUACUACGCUACAAUACCGCAGUCCGGAGAUGAUCGAUGUCUAUCGAAAACAACCAAUUGACGAGAAGUCGGACAUUUGGGCCUUAGGAGUGCUGUUGUACAAGCUGUGCUAUUAUACUACACCUUUCGAGGCACAAGGUCAACUUGCGAUUCUAAACGCCAGUUUCAAAUUUCCGAGCUAUCCUCCUUUCUCAGACCCUCUGAAGAAGCUCAUAGCCUCAAUGCUGAAAGAGAAACCAACUUCCCGACCCAACAUAUACCAAGUUUUACGAGAAGCAUGUUUGAUGCAAGGAAUCGAGGUCCCCAUAAAAGACAUUUAUGCUGCAAGGACACAGUCAGAAGCAAGACGAAACCAACAAUUACCCUCGCCCGAACAAAAUGUCGUGUCACCUCCAGUUGUCGGUGCCGUGUUUGCACCACCUCCCCCGCAACAACAAGUCAUUCCAGACGUGGUACCAAUGCGGCGUGGAAGACCUACAGCAAGUGCUCCAGUGCAUGUUGCGAAACCAAGUCCCUCGCCUAUGCGGGGUACUACCAGCGAUCCUUUCGCAGCCCUAGAUUCAAAAUCGCCUCCUGGACCAGUAGAUGAGAUAUCGAAUCGAUUCCCGAGCCUCGACCAAUUCUCGCUCCUCCAUGAUGGUGGAAAGUUUGAUUUUGAUAAUAAGACCUCUCCUACACAUCCUCCACGGGAUCUAGGUCAACGAGUCACUGAGAAGCUUGCUGAUGAUGCUUUCGUCGUACCUACGCCCAAGACUUCAACGCCCUCAUCGACCGUGAAACCGUCAAGCAAUGUAGUAUCCAGAGCCCAGAAGAUCAUAUCCAACAAUCCGGAGCUUCAGGCAGUAGCUACUUCACCAAGUAUAGUUUACCAGCCGACUCCAACACGUCCUCCAGUAAACUCCUACGUCUCACAAGGAACCAUGACGGCUCCUACCCCGCCCCCUCCUGGCCAGACACCUGUGAAAUACACUUCCUCGCCGGCUCCCAGAUUUCCACCUGUUUCUGACCACCAUCGGUCAACGAGUCUACCAAGGAAUCAAGAGGCGACCUCUAGUAGAUCGCAUUUCUUGAGACCAGAGGAGAUGCAGCCAGUGCAGACUACCAUUCCACGAGUUCCAUCGAACUCACAUCUAGGUCAUGCAAGGCAUCCAUCAUCGUCGCGGCCUUCCCUUGAAGGUGGUCGACCAAAUGCCGAUGCUCUAGAUCCGGUGGCACGAACCAAAUCAAGUAAUUCCCGACCUCGACCGUCAAGUACCUAUCUGGAGUCCAACAUGGACUUUCUUCGUGAAAAAGAGAAGGAAUCUAAUGGUAGACCAUCCUUUUCAGAGAAAAGGCCUUCGUAUUCGAGAGAUUCGGCCGUUGCGGAACCAGACGCUGACGAAGAGACUAACAUCGAAUCAAAUGUUGACUUCCUGCGCACCAUGGAAGAUCAAGACUCAACAAAGAAAGAUAGAAGGCGAAGCAGUGGAGGUGGCAAUAAGUCGAAACGCUCAAGUUUACCUUCGAUGACCUUAUCUGGGACGAAGAAUCUACUAGCUGGGAAGUUUGGUGAUGCUUUCAAGCGUUUCGAGAACAAUACAAGUGCACCGCCAGGUCCACGAACACCGAGCCCGCUGCAAGACAUGGAACGACGGGAUCUUACGCCAAUUGCUGGAUCAGAAGCUACUGAUGGUCGUAGUGAUGAUGGCAACAUUCUUGAAGAUAUGGACAACUUGGCGCCUGAACAACGACGAGAGAUUGAACGACGACGCCUGUCAAUGGAAGAAAAGCGCGUGGCAAAUGCGGCAGCAGAGUACCGUAAACGCCUAGCAGACCGAGCUUCGGCGCCUGCGCCCAAAAGUAUUGGAGGCAUAUCACGUGCUACUUCCAUUCAGAACAAGGUGAAGAGUCUCUUGGACGAGAAUCAAGGACCAUCACCAAAGAAGACCGCAGAAGGGUAUGGAAAGUAUACUGACGCUAUACCACGUCCACAGGCCAGUGCUUUCGAGUCUCAGCCCUCGUCCUCGAAUCCAUAUGCCAAACCGUCCAUAACUCGCAAGCCAAUUACCUCCACUCUACCUACACACGCACGAACAGUUCCUAUGGUCACACCCAGCACCUCAGCCUCUGAGAUCUCCUACGCCAAAACCCGCUCCCAACCUCCAUCAGCACAUACGAACUCUCUACCUCAACACAUCACCAUGUCGCCCGCCACCAUUUCCAAAACAGGCGGUCCUCGACCUUCAGCACCUCCAAAACCCAUGCACCUCAACAGCAUCUCCACCGGCCCCGGCUCGGGACCUCAAAACUCUCCUCCUAAGCCAUCAUCACAUCUACAGAAAGCCAAAUUAGGAGGCCUAGAAGCAGAGAUGAGCACGCGAGAGAAAGAAGAUUAUCUCGCAGACUUUUCAAAGAGGUUCCCAAGUCUAAGCGGGAUCGAGAUGGUGGAAAGGGAUAUCGAGAGGCCGGCGAGGGAAAGUAUCGAUAGGGAACGGACGCCUGGGAUGGUGAUUGAUGCGAAGGGGUUGAGGAGUAGGGAUAUUUAAAGGAGUGGACAUUGUACAUGUAGAUGAUAUAUUCCGUCUGCUUGCGCGUAUAGACUUGAGCAAGGCUGCAAAUCGCGGCUUGCGAAUCGGACUCUGUGUCCCUGUUGUUGAUUCUAUUGGUUUGAAUUUGAUGUGAUUGUUGUGCCGUGAUUAAAUGUGGUGUUGCCUCCUAGCCUUGAUAUAAGGAGUAAGUAUACAUUCCUUCAAGGACUGGACUCUAGCAAAGCAAAGCCAAAGGCUUAAAGGCUAUAAAGCACAACACGCAACAAAUAUCACCGACAACGGGUUC